UAGGCUGGCGCUCUUCGGGGCGUGGUCAACGCCGCCAUUUGCGGGCCACUACCAGCUAGUGGCCGCGGGGCCGCCUCGUCCCGCCCCCUUCCUGCCUGGGACCGGCCCUCAAAUCGACUGCUCGCCGCCGCAGCGAGGGAAGAGGGUGCGGCCGCCGCGGCGGGGACUGAGGCACAGACUGACCCGGCGUGGACCGCGGAGAUGCUGGGCGUGGCGGCCGGAAUGACCAACAGCAACAUGGCCAAUGCCUUGGCCAGUGCCACGUGUGAGCGCUGCAAGGGAGGCUUUGCGCCUGCUGAGAAGAUCGUGAACAGUAAUGGUGAGCUGUACCACGAACAGUGCUUCGUAUGUGCUCAGUGCUUCCAGCAGUUCCCAGAAGGACUCUUUUAUGAGGAAGGCUGGGACUGAGAAGUGAAGACUGAAGAGAGGAAACUCCAAAGCCAGCCUCUCUGCUUAUCUACUGACCCACUUGUCUCAGAGCAAUUCAUGACAGAUGUAUAAAUCACCAAGUGACUGUCCAGCAUCUGCAUUUCUGAAAUGAGACCAUCAGCUAAGUUCCCGAUUAUUGGCUCUAAAGCAACAGUUAUUAAGCCUCCUCCCUCACCCCUCUGAUAAGAAUAUUUACAGAACUCCAAAACCUACACAGAAAGAAGCAGGGCUGUUGCCAUGGGGCUCAUCUUCUCCCACACCACACUAUCUCCUGGGACAUAAUGUUUCUUGCUUAUUGUAUUUGUGGUGAUAAUCAAUGAGAAGCAUCGCCUAUAGGCUCCUUCAUCUGAACAUUUGGUUCCCCGCUGGUGGCUGUUUGGAAAGGUUGUGGAACCUUGAGGGAGGAAGUAUGUCACUGGAAGUGGGCUUGAGGAUUUAUUGACUCACCCCACUUCCUGCUUUCUUUCUUUGCUUCCUGUCUGUGAAUAAAAAUGUGAUCAGCCAGCUUCCUGCUCCUGCCACUAGGGCACGCCUUCCCUGCUAUGAUGAACUCUGUCCUUCUGGAACUGAAGCCAAAAUAAACCCUUUCUUCCUUGAGUUGCUUUUAGUCAGAGUUUCAUCACAGCAACAGAAAGUAACUAAUACAGUAUUCCUUGUUUUAAAUUGGCUUGGGGGUUUAAUGUAAUUAUCUAAACUAUAGUGUUUAUGGAAAUUUGAUUCUUCAAAAGUUAUAGUUUCUGGUUUGUUCUUCAUUUUAUAUCCCAAACUUUUCUGGGUUAAUUUAUGGGAUUCCCCAGACUCUGGUUUUUUGAGACAGGGUUUCUCUGUGUAGCCCUGGCUGUCCUGGAACUCACUCUGUAGAUCAGGCUGGCCUCGAACUCAGAAAUCCUCCUGCCUCUGCCUCCCAAGUGCUGGGAUUAAAGGUGUGCGCCACCACUGCCCAGCUGAUCCCCAGACUCUUAAUUAUUUUAUGCUCAUAGUCUCUACAGUGUGUGGAAAAGAAGCAGCUUGUUAUAGCAAAAUCUCUUGGAAUAGGAAUGGUAGUCCUAAUACUGGAUCUUGUAUCACAGAGGAGCACAGGAUCUAGAAUGCAGGUUAUUGCAAUGGAAUCAGUUCCUGAAUACUUGGACUCUGUUUCCUGAGUCAGUCUGUCUGUCUGUCUGCCUGCCUGCUUCCCCCCCCCACCCCCUUUCUAAGAAGAGAUCCAUGCCAGGCAGUGAAUCUCUUCUGCCUCCAUGGGCACCAGGCAUGCAAGUGGUGCAGACAUAUAGACAAGCAAAAAACCCAUACACAAUAAUUUUUAAAAAUUAUUCUAGAAUAUGUACUUCUUGUAAAUAUUUAAGUUUACAGUGAAAAAUUUUAAAUACUGGCCUAAAAUAAUGCAAGAAGGAGCUUUACAUAUAUGCAGAUUAUCUUAGUUGAGAGUUCUGUAUCUUUCGUUAAAUUUAUAAAAGUAAAUGAGACUGGAGAGCUGAUUCGGUGGUUAAGGGCUGCUUCUGCAAAGGAUCCAGACUCAAUUCUGAACACCUAGAUAGUAACUAACAACCAUCUAGAGUCCAGUUCUAGUGGGUCUGAUGCUCGCUUCUGCCUCUCAUGGACACCAGACACACACAGUGCACAGACAUGUGUGCAGACAAAACACCCAUAUAUAUAAAAUAAUAAUAAUCCUUAAAGUUAAAAUAUGUACAUCAAAAAUAAGCAGUCAGAGGUGAGACCAGCUGUUCACUGUGUCCUCGCCUUGUAUAGUUUCUGUAUGUGGGGGUGGUGUGCCUGUGUGCAUGCACAUAUGUACCCAUACAUGUGCAAGUUGAGGUUGUUUUCUUUGAUUGUUCUCCACUUUUAUAUUUUGAGAUACUGUUUCUCACUGAACCUGAAGUUAGUUCAUCAGUUGGCUAGGCUUUCUGACCAAUGAAUCUUGUCCAUCUGUCACUCUGCCACCUUCCCCAGGCCAGGGUUAUAAGAACACAUAUCUAUGUAUAUGGAUUGUGUUUUGUUUUGUUUUUUAAUGUUGGUUUAGAGUACCUCGUGUUUGUACAGUUUAUUCCCUGUACCAACAUAGAGGAAUAUGGAAAGUCCCAAAGUUAGCUGGGGAGGUGACGCACAGCUUUAACCCCAGCACUCAUAACGCAAAGGCAAAGGCAGGCAGAUUUCUGUGAGUUCAAGGACAACCUAGUCUACAGCACAAGUUCCAGGACAGACAGCUAGGGCUACAAAGUGAGACUGUGUCUCCAAAAAUAAAUAAAUAAAACCCCCUUUGGUAAGGACUGGAGGAGUUGAUUGGCAGAGAACACUUUUCUAACAUUCACAAAGAUUUGGGUUCACCACACACACAUACACACACACACACACACACACACACACUAAAACAACAGCAAAAGCCACUUUGUCUUUUCAUGAAAUAAUCUCUUUCUAUGCUUGUUUCACAUAUAUAUGAAAGCUGAUGGCCUUCAUGGUUUUUCUUUCAGUUUGAAGGAAGGAAGUACUGUGAGCAUGAUUUCCAAAUGCUCUUUGCUCCCUGCUGCCACCAAUGUGGUGAAUUCAUCAUUGGCAGGGUUAUCAAAGCCAUGAACAACAGCUGGCAUCCUGAGUGCUUCCGAUGUGACCUCUGCCAGGAAGUGCUGGCAGACAUAGGGUUUGUCAAGAAUGCUGGCAGACACCUAUGUCGCCCAUGUCAUAAUCGUGAAAAAGCCAGAGGCCUUGGAAAAUACAUCUGCCAGAAAUGCCAUGCCAUCAUUGAUGAACAGCCUCUGAUCUUCAAGAACGACCCUUACCAUCCAGACCACUUCAACUGUGCCAACUGCGGGAAGGAGCUAACUGCUGAUGCUCGGGAGCUGAAAGGGGAGCUAUACUGUCUGCCAUGCCAUGAUAAGAUGGGGGUCCCUAUCUGUGGCGCCUGCAGGAGGCCCAUUGAAGGGCGAGUAGUGAAUGCCAUGGGCAAGCAAUGGCAUGUGGAGCAUUUUGUUUGUGCCAAAUGUGAAAAACCAUUUCUUGGGCAUCGCCAUUAUGAGAGGAAGGGCUUGGCCUACUGUGAAACUCACUAUAAUCAGCUGUUUGGUGAUGUUUGUUUCCAUUGCAACCGUGUCAUAGAAGGUGAUGUGGUCUCUGCUCUCAACAAGGCCUGGUGUGUGAGCUGCUUUGCCUGCUCCACCUGCAAUACCAAACUCACACUCAAGAAUAAAUUUGUGGAAUUUGACAUGAAGCCAGUCUGUAAGAAGUGCUACGAGAAAUUUCCUUUGGAGCUGAAGAAAAGACUUAAGAAACUAUCUGAGACCUUAGGAAGGAAAUAACUUUUGGUGUCUUUUUUCUCUCUCUUCUAAUCAAUGUUACUUAACCUGAUCUACCCUUGCUUAAAACUAUGUCAGAGCAUUAGAAUGGUUUUCUUCAUUUCCCUUUUCUCAUUUAAAAACGAAAGAAAAUGUUUAUUUCUAUGUAAAACACAGAUGAAAUCAGGACUUUCAUUUCUUUAGCCAUAUUAGUCUGUAGGCAUUAAAAGUAUAUAACCAAAAACAAAAACAAACAAAAAAAAAAGGUUAAAGGGUAGUUUUAAUUAAGCCAUCCAAAAUAUAAAUUUAACUUCAGAGUUAAACACCCUGCUCUAUGGACCAACCAAAGCACUUGCUGCCAGCCUAGUACUAAGUUGAAUCCUUAAGAGAGUAUCUGAGACAGUGUCCACAUGGGUCAUGUGGAGCAAGAACUUACUCCCACAAGUUGUUCUCUAACCUCCACAGAUGGCCAUGGUGCAUAUGCGCCAACACACAGUUAAUAAACAUAAUAGACAACCACUGUUAUAAAGAGUCAGCUUUCACGGGACUCACAUAAGCUUUGCUUCCCUGAUCGCAUAAGAAAAUCAUUUCCCAUUCAUAUACUGGGAACUGUAUGGGAAGAUAAGUGCCCAAACAGUUCCUAUGUUGUCAUGUGCUUAUCCAGUUAGCAUUGUAAAAGGAACAUGCAUAUUACUAAGAAGCAAAAACAUUUCAGGAUGACUGAUUUCUUUUUUUAUUAAAUCACUAAGCUUAGUUUUCUAUUUUGUUCUCCUUAUAAAUUUUUCCUUCAUAAAAUUACUUAACAUACUUGUAACUACUAAUGCAUCUUUUACAUUUUUAAGCAAAACAAAACAAAAAUUUGCCAGUUAUCUGGAAAAUAUUGCAUACAUUGUGAUGUUGGGGAAAUGAAGCAUUUUAAAACUAUAUUACACAUAAAAUGCAUAGUAUUCAAAUGGGACAUGAAAUGCACUAUAAUGCAGCUUCGAAUGUAUGGCUUUCAAAAGUGAGCGUGAGCCAGGUGUGGUGGCACUAGGCUUCAAUCCCAGCUCUCUGCAGGCAGAUCUCUGUGAGUCCUAGGCCACCCAGGGCUGCAUAUUAAAACCUUGUUUCAGAAAGAAUGACUGUAUCUCGUAUUAUCUUUGUGCUAAUAUCUAUACUUCAUACAUAAUCUAACUUGCCUUGCCUUAGAAAACUGCAUCCUAUAUCAGGAAUUCUAGAUAUUUCUUAUAAUAUCAAAAUGAGUAUUUUGAUUGAGAUUCAUAAAUUUAGAAUCAUUCACCACUGAUACAUACUUUAAAAAUUCUUUUCUCAGGAAGCCAGUGAAAGUUAAUUCCUGUCCUCUUAUUAGAACUAUGCUGAUAUACUAAAACAUUUUAAUGAAGGCUUUUUUAUUUCAAAUGUCAUAACUGGGUUUUGUUUACUAUAAAGCAGUAAAGCAGUAUAAAUGAUACCUUUAGACUGAAAGAGGGUGGUAAGAGUAUCAACUCUAAGGAAAAAUUGGGGAGUUCUACUUUAUAAAACUGUUUAUCCUGAAAUGUCUGGGCCAUUCUGUUUGUAUGAACUCAAUAUGCAAGAGUAUGAACAUUUUUUAAAUUUUUCUGCUGCUAACAUGUUACCUUCUUUUUCAGUUGCCAAGAUAUAUUUUGCAAAUACUGCUGAAUAUAAUGACUCACAUUGUAGUCUCAGCAUUUGGGAGGCUGAGGCAGAAAGAUUACCAGGAGUUGGAGACAAAUCCUAGGUUACAGUGUGAGAUACUAUCCCCCAAAACAUCCCCACAAACAAAAACACUAGUGUAUUGUUUUGCCGUAAAGAAUAUCUCUGGGGCCUAGGAAAACGUUCAGUCAGUAAUGGACUCACACCAGCCUUAGGACCUGAGUUUAAACUUGGAGGGAGCAGAUCCCUGGAUUUUACGAGGUAGCCAAACUCAGCCUAACUAGUGAGCCCCAGAUCCAAGGGGGAAAUCCUGUAUUCCAAAAAGCAAGGUGGAUGCCUCCUGAGGAAGGGCCGCCUAGACUGAUCCCUAGCCUCCACAUCCACACACACACAUGCACACAUUCAGAAAUAUGGAUGUGUACACACAAAAAGGAUAUCUCAGGAUGCUGUUACUCUGCCAUUAAAAGUUUAUAAUCAUGAAUUUUUAAAAUACUUGAUUAUGCACAUUAUGGAAUACAUUUCUGUUUCCAGAUAACUAACUUGUAACCAAUCAUUUUAUUUCCUAAUAUCCUUUUCAUAUUAAGAGAAUUAUAUGUGACUAAAAAUAUACAUGAUUUGUGUUUGUUAAGCAUUUUAAAUUUGUCUUUGCUUUUGACAAUAAGAACCAAAAUUUCUUCCGUGUGCCUUUGUCAGCUAAGAAUGACUAGCAGUGGCUACCUUAGAAGUAUUUAUGAACUAUUGUACAUGCGUUUAGGCAGAUAGAACUUGUAGUCUAGCGUCUUGAUGUAACUUACAUACCUCACUGGAAGUAUGGAGCAGAAAAGCACUCAUUCCCGUGCUUUCCCCAUCCCUUUCGAGGUGUGUGGCCUUGCCUGACUGCCUUUGCUUACGUGACAUCGCUUAAGCCAGAGUCCCCACUGCUGUCUUUGCUCACUUCUCUUCAGACAGGAAUAUUCCAGUAAGUUUGAUCUCAUAAUUAUGUGGUAAUUCAUCUAGAGAUGGUGCUUUUCACUGUGGGGUAAAUCAUUAGAGCCCUUAGUGUGGAAGAUGGAGGUCUAAAUGGGGCCAAGACAGAGACUUCAUCUACUUCCUAUUAGUUGUGGGGUUUCACUGGCUGCUGGCAUUUGUCAGUGAACAUCUGUUUGAAUUUCUGAGAACAAUCUGAAAUAAUUCAUUGUGCUUAUGAAAUUUCUAAGUGCCCUUUUUGUCCUUAUCCUAAUAUAACAUGGAAAAUGGAUACACAAAAAAGAUUUUUUGUGUCAUGUUCAAAGCCUUAUUAUAACACUUUGCCUGAAAUAGGUCAUUUUGCCUCAUCCAUUUGCCAAAUUAGCCAAUUUCAAGUUAGGGAAACUUUGAUGUAGGCUGACAAUAUCCUUGUAUUUUAUUUUAGAUUGUAAGCUUAAUGGCAAGAAAUUAUAUCAAUAAUUGUGCUUUUUAUGUAGCAACCAUUGCUGUGUACUUUUGGUGCUUAAUAAAUAUUCAUAAUUAUUCA